GCGGCGCGGGAAGGUGUCGUCGUCGCGGGCGGCGGCCGACGCCAUGUUGGGGUCUGUGAGAAACGGGGCGCUCCCGGCCGCUCCCCGCGCGCUGGGGCUGGCCCGCGGACGCCGGGCGAGCUGCGCCCGGCCGCAGAACGCCGCCGCCUGCGCCCGCGGGCUCGGGGGCUUUCCGGAGGGUCCGCGCUGGUGCCUGCCGGGGCCGCGGGACCGCGGACCGGGGGGCCGGGGACGGGCGGAGGCGCCAAGGGGGUCCCGAGGUCGGCGAGAAGUUGCGGGGCGUGAGGACUGGAUCCCAUUCGCGGCCACUGGAGUCUCCGUCUUUCUCUCCAAAAAGUUUGCGGGGUCUGGGCAUUAGGGACGUUGUUAAGUUGAACAGCAUAUUUUUGGGGGGCAAAAAAUGGCACCGCAGAAUUUGCUCUGAUGGAAGGUUGGCUCUAACACGUUUAUUUAGAGUCUUCAAAAGUUGUAUAGUCUUCGGCCGAAUUUAUUUUUCCUUUUUAAAAUUUUACCGAGGGCCGAGAGCUUGCUGCUCAUGUUGUUGAAUUCCCUUGUGUGUUCUGACUUUAUAGCAAUAACCCCUGAGUGUGCGGUGGAAAUGGUAGUAUUAAGGUUACACAUAACUAAGCCCUUUUGUAAUUCAUAGACUCAAAGUAUGUAAGUUGAUAAAUACCUUCUUUGUUGUGUUUUAGUACGUACAGAAGAGACUAACGACAGACUUAGGAGCUUUGACAUACUUAAAGGCGUGUGUCUUAAGGCUACUAGCAAAAGAUGGUGGAUCGCUUGGCAAACAGUGAAGCAAAUACUAGACGUAUAAAUAUAGUAGAAAACUGUUUUGGAGCAGCUGGUCAACCCUUAACUAUACCUGGAAGGGUUCUUAUUGGAGAAGGAGUAUUGACUAAGUUGUGCAGAAAGAAGCCCAAAGCAAGGCAGUUUUUCUUAUUUAACGAUAUUCUUGUAUAUGGCAAUAUUGUCAUCCAGAAGAAGAAAUAUAACAAACAACAUAUUAUUCCCCUGGAAAAUGUCACUAUUGAUUCCAUCAAAGAUGAGGGAGACUUGAGGAAUGGAUGGCUCAUCAAGACACCAACUAAAUCAUUUGCAGUUUAUGCUGCCACUGCCACUGAGAAAUCAGAAUGGAUGAAUCACAUAAAUAAAUGUGUUACUGAUUUACUGUCCAAAAGUGGGAAGACACCCAGUAAUGAACAUGCUGCUGUCUGGGUUCCUGACUCUGAAGCAACUGUAUGUAUGCGUUGCCAGAAAGCAAAAUUCACACCUGUUAACCGUCGUCACCAUUGCCGCAAAUGUGGUUUUGUUGUCUGUGGGCCCUGCUCUGAAAAGAGAUUUCUUCUUCCAAGCCAGUCCUCUAAGCCUGUGCGGAUUUGUGACUUCUGCUAUGACCUGCUUUCUACGGGGGACAUGGCCGCAUGCCAGCCUACUAGAUCAGACUCUCACAGUCAGUCAUUGAAGUCUCCUUUAAAUGAUGUGUCUGAUGAUGAUGAUGAUGAUGAUAGCAGUGACUAAGGACAUACUUUGAAAUAUUUAAUUGGGUGUGACCACCUGAGAAAUCAGCUCUGGGGGGAAUGUAAAAUUCUGAGCUUUCUCUCAGUUUUACUCUAGCCUUGAAUUUGCCUGAGAAACUUAACCUAUGUGCCUCAAUAUAUGCUAUAGAAAAUAGGUCCUGUCAUUGUGUUGUCCCCCCCUCCCCACCCAACUCCUCACUCUUCUACAGGGAUAGAUUAUUGCAGAGUAUAUCAGAUAAAUUUUUGGCUUCUUAUUCUUGUUUAAUUUUGGAUUAUUUUGUUGGAAGGUUGGGAAAAGAUGUUUAUUUAACAGAUCAUGUACUACAUUGUUGUUUACUAUAUGUUCUGUUAUAUGGAAAAACUAAAAGCAAAAAAAGAUGGGAAAAGGAGUAUAAUGCGGUUAGCUAAUAUUAAUUAGCUUUUUCCUAUCCAUCCUAUCUAAUGGUUAAGACACCAGUAACAAAAAAACGUGACUUGAAAAUAUUUUGUUCGGCUGUUUCAUAUACCAAAUGGUGCCUUAUCAUAAUAGCACUGUUACGUGAAAUAAGCCCCUACCUUCUCACUUUUAGCUUGUUUUGAAAAUACACUGGUGCUCUUUGAGGUGAUAAAAUGAGCAUUUAUGAAUGGGUGUAAUUUAAAAAUACUUCUCAUCUGCCAGCUACAAAUAACUAAAUUUAGAGCUUCUUCAUUUUAUAGGAAUAAAUAUUUUUUCCAUAAAAUAGUUGUGAUUAUAUUUUUAUGUUUUAUAGGUACCAAAUUAUAAUUGUCAAAUAUAUAUUUUAAAUCAGUAGGUAGGUUUUCAUUCUUAAGAAUUUGGUUUGAAAUUUAUCACAUACAGAAUUUUCACAUUGCAUUAGUUUCUACUUUUAGUAAAACAUAUUUGUAGGUAUAAAUUCAUCUGGUUUAACAUUAUUUCUAGAAUGAAAAAUCUUGUAAACCUUUGAAAUUAAACAAUCUCUUAAAAAAAAAAAAAUCCCGUGAUAGAGCACAGAUCCAUUUAGGCUGAAGACUUGGAAGAAAUAAUGUGUAAGAAUGGUCAAGACAGACCAGUUAAGAUUGACUAGACUUUAUAUUGGUGGACGUAUUGUCUAUUUCAGUGUGAAACUAUCUUGAAUUUGCAAAUAUAGUGUUAUAUUUUAUAAAGUUUUGUAAAGUCCCAAACAAUAUUUCUAUUUUUGUAAAACAAUUGUAUGUUUAAACUGUUUCUGAAAUCUUUUGCAAUCUAUAGAAAUAGAGUAGCAAUUGAUCUUUCUAAAUUGUGAACUUUAUUGAUCUAGAUUGCUUUUGAGAAUUGGUAAUUUUUCACUCUUUGCUUUUGAGGAAGCCAUUUAGGUUGAAAGUAUAUUUAUCAUAUAAAACUUGAUGCAUUUUGCACUAUUUUCUCCAUUUGUAUGCUGCAAGUAACUACAGUCUUUUAAAUAUGAAAAAAUCAGCCUAAAGUUUGUUUUAAAUUCCAAACUUUUUUGUUUUUAAAUAUUUAAAUCUGGAUAUAUUGCAAAUGUCAUGAGUUUGAUUUAAUAAUGUGAUGGAGAAUUUCGGGGUUUGGUUAAGGCACUAACUUUACUGUUAUAUUGUGAAGGUAUCUGAGAUAUAUAGAUUUCCCUGUAGGAAAUGUGAAGCAGACACAACAGUUUUUUUGUUUGUUUUAAUAUCAGAUGAACAUUUGUUUCCAAGCAAUAUAUACAUAUAAUUAAUCAACAUAUCUCAAAAUGACCAUGAAACCUGAGAAGUGCUAAUGGAGACUUGCUGGUACCUGGGAACCUAGCAAAUUCAAGAACCAAGGGGAAAUGUUCUGUGAUGACAUUUGCAUUGUCAACUUCUGUUGACUCUGUUGUUACAAUAAAAAAUAUUUUACAAUUUAA